AGCAGUUGUCACAGGGUGUGGCCCUGUAAUUGUGAGAUUUACAUUUGUUUAUUUAUCUGACACAUGUGUCCAGUGCAACUUAUAAUAUUAGGUUUUUAUUGCAAGCUUCUCACAGUUUUUUUUUGUGUAUUGUUAUCGAUGCCAUUGAGUCAAACCUGAACCAUAGCGACCACCCACGUAGUUUUCAAGGCAAGGGAGGAACAGAAGGGGGUCGCCAGUGCCGCCUUCUGUAUGCUGGGGGAGACAUAUGCAGGGAGAAACAUGAAACGGCCCCACACCCUCGGCCUUAUGAAAGAAGUUCUGUUAUCUUCUAUCACCAUCUCCAUUCCGGAACAAGUCUCUGCAUUGUCGGGGUCCUGCGUUGUCAUCCCCUGCUCCUUCACUGUCCAGCCCCCUAGGAUUGCCAGAGGCAAACCUGUCAAAUACCACAUCCGCCUGCGCUACCCCUAUGGCCUCUUCUCCCGAUGGAGGACAGCCUUCAGCAACGAGGACACAACAGAGGUGGAGAGGAGCUUUAGGGGCAGGACGAGUCUGACAGGAGACCCCAGCAAGGGGGACUGCUCAGUGAGGAUCGACAGAGUAAGGAAGGAAGAUGCUAACCAGUAUGAAGUGGCCCUGAAAGAGAGGGGUGCAAGUGAGUGGAAGACCACCAUCUCAGUUUCAGUCAGUGUGUCAGAUACCCCUGUGCGACCUGUGAUCAGUGACCCUGGGACUAUCACUGAAGGGCAGCUGGUCACCCUCAACUGCACAGUUAUCUACAGCUGCCCUGGACAGCCUCCCCAACUGCGCUGGAGGUGGGAGAAAGGGGGCCAGGAGAACAGCAGCCAGUACCAGGAGCAGGUUCCACCUCAACCACACCAACAGAAACUAGUGCUUCACACCUCUGUCUCUUUCCAUGCUUCACACCUUGCUCCACCCAGGAUCAAGUGUUUAGCUGGAUAUGGUGACAAGUGGACAGCGUCUGCUACCAAGGAGCUGCACAUCCGGUUCCCUCCGAAAGACAUUGCCGUUAAUGUCCUCACCGUGACGGUGCAGGAGGGGGCAAGUGCUCUGCUCUACUGCGCUUGUAAAGCAGACCCCCCUGUGACAGAGUACCAGUGGUCCUAUACUCGGCAGGAUCAUACCAUCAUCCUCGCCAGCCGUGUGCAAAAUGUCCGAGUGCACAAUGUGACCCGGGACAUGAUAUUCUACUGCAGGGCUCAGAACGAGAUUGGAGGGGCAGAGUCUGGCCCAGCUGUCGUCAAUGUGCAGUACAAGCCAUUAAUCUCAGAGACCUCCUCCUGCCAGUGGGAUGGCUGGACCAUCCUUUGCCAGUGUGUGGUGGAUUCCAACCCCAGGCCAGCUGUGACCUGGAGUGUGAAUGGGAGCAACCCUCCAGACAGCUAUAACACCUCAGUUUCAGCCACAGGGGGAACCGUGGCGGCCAGGUUAAAUGGAGGCACGGGCCAGCAGCCGAACGUGGUCUGCUAUGCCCACAAUGCAUUGGGCAAUGACUCUGCCACUCUGCUAGCUGGGAGCAAAGAUUCUCUGCUAUGGAAGGUGGUCCCUGCAUCAGCCAUCCUCGUCUCCUUGUUCCUCUUCGCCUCCAUCCUCUUCCUUCUGCACUGCCGAAGGAAGACCGGAAAGCACAUGCUCAAAUACAGGCAUCCCUCUGUGUACCCGGGAAACCUAGGUGUCUAUCAUUAUCACAGCCCCAUUUACAUCAACUGCUCUGAGGUGACCCACAUCUACACAAACGGCAGCUAUCAACUUGUCUACCAGAACUGCACUCCCAUCUUUGUCCAGAACAAACAGUGGCGGCACCAGCGAGAAAGAAGAGUGGUCUGGUCAGAUGGGCCUCCAAGAGAGAUCCAGACUCCUGGCAAUGACCCUGAAAAUGCCAUUUACCUGGAGGUGAUCUGAACAUGUCAGCAAGUAUGGAGAUCAUAUGACUUUGAUAUAUGAGAUGACUGAUCCAGAUACAACAGGAUAUGAUAAAAUUUGGAACUCUGAACACUCAUCCUUCAGAGAGGAGGGGUAGAAUGAAAAAUUACUAUAAUUGUACUUUUUCAUACAACUGGCCUGACUCUCAGUAUAGCGGCAUUUUUGGUGGUUAUGCAGGUAUUCUUCUUUCAUAAAUGUGCUUUGAGUAAUUCUGACAAACGUGCAACGCAGAAUAUAACCAUACACUUGCACUCAACCCCAUAAAGGUGAUUCCCAACAACACAACUCUUGUCUCUGGUUAUCAAUUCAGAGCAGUCUUUUAACAGUAGUGUAAUUUUUAUUGUAUUAGUUCAGGGCAAUGGCUUUCAUCAAGGGUACAGUUGCAGGAAGUGCAAUUUGAGCCUGUCUCCUUGAAUACUCAUAGAAAUAAACUACAAAGAUAUAACUAUUAACUGAGUUAUUUAAAUCAUUUUCACAAUGUGUGUUUUUUUUCCAAAGAAUAGGAAGGACUCAGGGUGCACAUGAAACUUGUGUUUUAUUUGUGCUAUUUAGAGAAAUGGUAACUUGUGAGGGAUAACAGUGAGCGACCAGACAUGGAGAAACUCUGGGAAGUGUGUUCUGUCUGAUGGGGACACGUGUUUGGAUGGUUUCAGUCUUAGGGUCAUGCACCCUCCUGUUGCAUCCUUUAAAUUAAUGAUGAUGAGCAAGCUCUUAGCUUCCUAUUGCUCCUCCCACAAGCAGAUGCUACAAACAUGUAAACAUCUGUCAUAAAAUGAAUUUUCUUACACUAGCAUAAAUAUAGCGUUGAUCCUGCAAUCAAAUGAAGAUCAUCUAAUGUCAAACAUUUGUUAUUAAUGCUAAUUAAUGAAUGAAUGACAGCAUAACAGUAAAAUACAAGCUUGAAAUAAUUCUUUUUGCAACAAAUAUGAUAAAACGGGUUUAUGUUUGUCUGGGAAUCUGUUUUUCUUUUUUGUCACUAAGGUAUAAUGUUAGUGCGAUUCCCAAAUUCCACAGCUACAAUUUUCCGUGAGUUUAUGGAACAAAUUAACCCCAUUAAGUGAAGGAUAGGUGUAUUUGCUGAUGUAAAUACCAUUUUACAUUCUGUUAUAUUUUCAUGUUUCCUAAAAGCGGUCUUUAUUGCAUUCUUAUUUUUGUUAAUUAGGAGCAAAAAUGAUUUCAGAUGUAUGGACCCAACAGUUUUGGUAAAGACUAGUAAAGCUAGUAAGAAGCCUUACCAGCUACUUACUAGCCUUUCCAUUGUGUACAUUAUGGCUACAGUUAUUCUUUUUGUAAAAUUUAGCCUUAUAACUGCAUUACAUGCAUUUACACAACAUACGUAUGUGUAAAACAAUUAUUUUAGCUUAAAUCUUGCAUGUAUUUUU